UUUCCUGCUGUCAGUGUGAUGACGUUGUUCCGGUUUGUGCAGUGUGUUUGUCAAAUUCAUUUCCGGUUCAUAGGUUCACAACGUGGCUGCGGAUGUUUUCCAGCGUGGGGUUCACAGCUCAGAAAGUGUAGACACUGUGAGGAUAAACAGCAGUAAAAUGGCUGAGUUCAAGGUGCACCGUGUUCGCUUCUUCGACUACAUGCCCACUGCUAUCCGAGCCAUGGCGUUUAACCCCCGCACGGAGCGGCUGGCUGUGGCCCGGGCUGAUGGAGCUCUGGAGAUCUUCAACUUCGCGGACAACUACUUCCAAGAGAAGGUCAUCCCAGGGCAGGACGGCCGGGCUGCGGAGGCUCUGUGUUGGCUGGGCCAGCGCCUGUUCAGUGCCGGGCUGAAUGGAGAGAUCACAGAGUAUGACCUGGAGAACCUGAGACCCAGGUACACAGUGGAGGCCUAUGGAGGACCAAUCUGGAGCAUCAGUAGCAACAGCCAGGGAACCCUGCUCGCGGUUGGUUGUGAAGACGGGACAGUGAAAAUAUUUGAAAUACUGGAAGAGAGGAUUCAGUUUCAAAGAAACCUCGACAGGCAAAAGGGUCGUAUUAUCUCUCUCUGCUGGCAUCCCUCUGGUACAUUGAUAGCUGCUGGCAUGAUGGACAUGAUAAAAAUCUUUGAUGCUGAGUCAGGCCGUGCCACACACAGACUGCUGGUGGAGAGAGGAGUCGGAGCAUCAAAGAGUAGAGAGGUGGUGGUUUGGAGCAUCGCCUUCCUGUCAGAUCACACUAUCAUCAGCGGUGACUCGGCAGGAAAGGUCCAGGUCUGGGAUGGACUCACAGGGACUCUGGUCAGAACCCACCUAGUCACCAAGUGGGACGUUCUGGCCCUGUCUUCUUCCCAGGACGAGAGCAGCGUGGUAGCCGGGACGUCAGAGGGAACGGUGGUCCAGUUUCAGUUCCUCUCCUCUAAUGUUGGCCAGCAGGAUAAGGAAUGGGUCCGAACAAGGACCUUUAAAAACCACUCCCAUGAUGUGAGGGGGCUCGCUCACACCGACACAGCUGUGGUUUCUGGAGGUAUGGACACCCAACUGGUAGUGCGCCCCCUUUUGGACAAGGUGGAGAAGAACACCCAGGAGUCAGCACUGCGCAAAUCUUUCCCACAUAGAAGCCUGGUUUGUUGUGCAAAGAAAGCAGGACUGCUGCUCUUCCAGUUCCCCGAUCAUUUGGAGCUGUGGAGACUAGGGGAGAGUAAUGGACAUGGAAGUCCUGGUGACAGUCUGCCUGUGAAGAGGAAACCAGAGAAGCUGAUCCAGCUGAAGAGGAAGGGCGAGGAUCAUAUCAGCUGCAGUGCUGUGUCUCCAUGUGGAGGCUGGCUGGCGUACUCCACUGUCUCCAGCUUCCGUCUCUACAGAUUACAGAACAACACCAUCAGUGUCACCAAGGUGUCUAGACUCCCUAAGGACCUUCGCUCGGCGCAGCAGCUCUGCUUCUCCUCUGACUCCACCAAACUCUUUGCUUCCUCCUGCCGUUCUUCAGUCCUAGUCGUUGACCUUAACCAGUCAGAUUGCAAAUACCUCCACACCCUCAGACCCAAAUCAGGCUCCUCUCAGCCUGUCCACCUGCUGUGUGUCAGUGAGGAUGGCAAAUGGCUGGCUACUGCAAACACAGACUGUCUGAUCCAUGUGUUCAACCUGGACAAGCUCAAGCUUCAUUGUACAGUUCCGGUGUACAGCUCAUGCCCCACUGCCAUAGCCAUCCACCCAACAAACAGCAACCUUGUGGUGGUGCAUGCAGACCAGCAGAUCUUUGAGUACUCACUGGUACAGAAGGAGUACACAGAAUGGAGUCGGAAGCUGCAGAAACAGGGACUGCACCCCCUGUGGAUGGAGAGAGACACCCCCAUCACACACAUCGCCUUCAAUCCUAAAAAUCCAGCUCACAUCAUCCUGCACGACACGUUCAUGUUCUGCAUCAUUGACCAGAAUCUGCCCCUCCCUGAAGCGAAGACUCCACUCUACAAUCAGAUGACACUGAGGAGUCUUCCUGAGUCAGAGAGGAUCAUGCACAGCCACGCCUUUAAGAUAUGCAAGAACUUCCAGCACCUGCUGUGUGUGCGUUUGCUGGAGGACCACUCUCUGGUGGUGGUGGAGCGCCCCCUGCUGGACAUCCUGUCGCAGCUGCCUGCACCUGUCCGCCAGAAGAAGUUUGCUACAUAAAAGUGGCAGUGUCUUUCUAGAUGUUGAUCUGAGAUCAUUUUCAUCAAGUGUUUGUGUUCCCACUUUGUAUAAAAUGCUUUGAUAAGUAAUAAAUGGAACAAUUUACUGUUA